AUGCACCCCUCCCUUCUUUUCACGCUUGGGCUGGCGAGCGUGCUUGUCCCCCUCUCGUCUGCACACACUACCUUCACGACCCUCUUCGUCAACGAUGUCAACCAAGGUGAUGGUACCUGCAUUCGCAUGGCGAAGAAGGGCAAUGUCGCCACCCAUCCUCUCGCAGGCGGUCUCGACUCCGAAGACAUGGCCUGUGGUCGGGAUGGUCAAGAACCCGUGGCAUUUACGUGUCCGGCCCCAGCUGGUGCCAAGUUGACUCUCGAGUUUCGCAUGUGGGCCGAUGCUUCGCAGUCCGGAUCGAUCGAUCCAUCCCACCUUGGCGUCAUGGCCAUCUACCUCAAGAAGGUUUCCGACAUGAAAUCUGACGCGGCCGCUGGCCCGGGCUGGUUCAAGAUUUGGGACCAAGGCUACGACUUGGCGGCCAAGAAGUGGGCCACCGAGAAGCUCAUCGACAACAACGGCCUCCUGAGCGUCAACCUUCCAACCGGCUUACCAACCGGCUACUACCUCGCCCGCCAGGAGAUCAUCACGCUCCAAAACGUUACCAAUGACAGGCCAGAGCCCCAGUUCUACGUCGGCUGCGCACAGCUCUACGUCGAGGGCACCUCGGACUCACCCAUCCCCUCGGACAAGACGGUCUCCAUUCCCGGCCACAUCAGCGACCCGGCCGACCCGGGCCUGACCUUCAACGUCUACACGGGCGACGCAUCCACCUACAAGCCGCCCGGCCCCGAGGUUUACUUCCCCACCACCACCACCACCUCCUCCUCCUCCUCCUCCGGAAGCAGCGACAACAAGGGAGCCAGGCGCCAGCAAACCCCCGACGACAAGCAGGCCGACGGCCUCGUUCCAGCCGACUGCCUCGUCAAGAACGCGAACUGGUGCGCCGCUGCCCUGCCGCCGUACACCGACGAGGCCGGCUGCUGGGCCGCCGCCGAGGACUGCAACAAGCAGCUGGACGCGUGCUACACCAGCGCACCCCCCUCGGGCAGCAAGGGGUGCAAGGUCUGGGAGGAGCAGGUGUGCACCGUCGUCUCGCAGAAGUGCGAGGCCGGGGAUUUCAAGGGGCCCCCGCAGCUCGGGAAGGAGCUCGGCGAGGGGAUCGAUGAGCCUAUUCCGGGGGGAAAGCUGCCCCCGGCGGUCAACGCGGGAGAGAACGGGAAUCAUGGCGGAGGUGGUGGUGAUGAUGGUGAUGAUGAUAAUGAUGAGGCCGGGGCUGGGGCAGCGUCGACUCCGACUUUUGCUGCUCCUGGUGCGGCCAAGACUCCCCAACCAAACUCCGAGAGGGCCCGGCGCCGUGAGGCGCAUUGGCGGCGACUGGAAUCUGCUGAGUAG